CCAGAACCCACGUCAUAUAGCCCCUGAGGUGGACUGGUGAUGUCUCCAUGAGGGAACCUCCUCUCAGUCAUCCUGACCUGUUCAUCUAAGAUAGGAUUUACCCUGUGAAACAGGGAGAAGACUUAUGGACUCCAGGCAUCGUUUCAAGUUAGAGUUUUUUGUUGAAAGUACAGACAUACAUGCAAAGCUCUAGUGCUUUGGGCCUCUGCUUUAUUAAAGCUGCUGUGUUGCUAAUCCAGAACUGUUCCAGUCUAUUGACCUAUCACCAUGGCUUCAGUUUGGAAGCGACUGCAGCGUGUGGGAAAACAUGCAUCCAAGUUCCAGUUUGUGGCCUCCUACCAGGAGCUGAUGGUUGAAUGUACAAAGAAAUGGCAACCAGACAAACUGGUGGUGGUUUGGACAAGAAGAAGCCGAAGGAAGUCUUCCAAGGCUCACAGCUGGCAACCUGGAAUAAAAAAUCCAUAUCGUGGUGUUGUUGUUUGGCCUGUUCCUGAAAACAUUGAAAUCACUGUGACACUGUUUAAGGAUCCUCAUGCAGAAGAGUUUGAAGACAAAGAGUGGACAUUUGUCAUUGAGAAUGAAUCCCCUUCUGGUCGGAGGAAAGCUCUUGCCACCAGCAACAUUAAUAUGAAGCAGUACGCAAGCCCCAUGCCCACACAAACUGACGUCAAGUUGAAGUUCAAGCCACUGUCUAAGAAAGUUGUGUCUGCUACCCUCCAGUUCUCAUUGUCAUGCAUCUUCCUUCGGGAAGGAAAAGCAACGGAUGAAGAUAUGCAGAGCUUGGCUAGUUUGAUGAGUAUGAAGCAGGCUGACAUUGGCAAUUUAGACGAUUUCGAAGAAGAUAAUGAGGAUGACGAUGAGAACCGAGUGAACCAAGAGGAAAAGGCGGCAAAAAUUACAGAACUUAUAAACACACUUAACUUUUUGGAUGAAGCACAAAAGGACUUGGCCACUGUGAAUACAAAUCCGUUUGAUGAACCUGAUGUAGCAGAAUUAAAUCCGUUUGGAGAUCCUGACUCAGAAGAACCAAUCACUGAAACAACUUCACCUAAAAAAACAGAAGAAUCUUUUUAUAAUAACAGCUGUAAUCCCUUUAAAGGUGUACAGACUCCACAGUAUUUGAACCCAUUUGAUGAACCAGAAACUUUUGUAAUGAUAAAGGAUUCUCCACCUCAGUCUACACGGAGAAAAAACCUAAGGCCCGUGGACAUGAGCAAGUACCUCUAUGCUGAUAGCUCGAAGAGUGAAGAGGAGCUAGAUGAAUCAAAUCCUUUUUAUGAGCCUAAGCCAACUUCUCCAAAUAAUUUGGUCAAUACAGUUCAAGAAGGGGAAACUGAACGGAGAGUGAAAAGAAGGGCCCCGGCCCCACCGGCCCCGCCAGCCCCGCCAGCCCUACCAGCCUUCGCACCCAAGACCGGAGUAAAUGAAAACACAGUUGUCUCUGUUGGGAAAGAUCUCUCUACUUCACCGAAGCCAAGCCCGAUACCAAGUCCUGUUCUGGGGCAAAAGCCAAAUGCUAGUCAGUCGUUGCUUGCAUGGUGCAAAGAAGUUACGAAAAACUACCGGGGCGUGAAAAUCACUAACUUUACCACGUCAUGGAGGAAUGGUUUAUCUUUUUGUGCAAUCUUACACCACUUUAGACCAGACUUAAUCGACUACAAGUCUCUGAAUCCUCAAGAUAUUAAAGAAAACAACAAAAAGGCUUACGAUGGAUUUGCCAGCAUUGGAAUUUCCCGUUUACUGGAACCUUCUGAUAUGGUUUUAUUAGCAAUCCCCGACAAAUUGACUGUUAUGACUUAUCUCUAUCAAAUAAGGGCACAUUUUAGCGGUCAAGAACUAAAUGUGGUUCAGAUAGAAGAAAACAGCAGUAAGAGCACAUACAAAGUUGGAAAUUAUGAAACAGACACAAACAGUUCUGUGGAUCAAGAAAAAUUCUAUGCCGAGCUCAGCGACCUGCAGCGGGAACCUGAACAGAAGCAGCCUGCCAGUGGGGCCGUGGAUCUCCUGUCACAGGACGACUCUGUGUUUGUCACUGACAGUGGGGUGGGAGAGUCUGAAAGUGAACACCAGACUCCAGAUGACCACCUUAGUCCAAGCAUAGCCUCCCCUUACUACCGCAGGACUCAAAGCGACACAGAGCCCCACAAGUCCCAGCAGAGCUCCGGGAGGACGUCAGGGUCUGAUGACCCUGGGUUAAGUUCUAGUACUGAGUCAGCUCAAGCACUGCUUUCAUCAGGCAAGAAGAGACUACUGAAAGCCGAAAACUUAGAAUUAAGUGACUUAUAUGUCAGUGGCAAAAAGAAGGAUAUGUCUCCACCCUCACCUCACGAGCAAAAGCUUCAGACUGUAAAUACCAGUAGUGAUAUGGAACAAGAGAAAAUAGAGAAUUCCAGCUCUUUAGAAUGCAGAUUGGAUGGUGAAUUGGCUAUCAAAAAGCCAAGUUUAUCCCCUCCUUCUAAACUUGGAUAUUCAUAUAACAGAGACACAGACUUCACGAAAAAACCAUGUGCUUCUCUGAGGCAGAUAGAGUCUGAUCCAGAUGCAGACAAGAGCACUUUAAAUCAUGCAGAACACUCCAGCAAAACAGUUCAGCACCGAAUGUUGUCCAGACAAGAGGAGCUGAAAGAAAGAGCGAGAGUUCUGCUUGAGCAAGCGAGGAGAGAUGCUGCUUUCAAGGCGGGGAGCAAGCAGAGUGGCAGCGCAGCUCCUGCGCUCUGCAGCAGGCAGCAAAAUGAUCAGCAAGAUGAAGAAAGACGUCGGCAGCUGAGAGAGAGGGCUCGUCAGCUAAUAGCAGAAGCUCGAUGCGGAGUGAAGAUGUCAGAACUUCCCAGCUAUGGUGAAAUGGCUGCAGAAAAGUUGAAAGAAAGGUCAAAGGCAUCUGGAGAGCAAAAUAGUAAGUUGGUGGACUUGAGGCUGAAGAAGCUCUUAGAAGCCCAGCCACAGGUGCCAAACUCCCUCUCCAGUGCUGCACAGAAAGCUGCAACUGAUACCUCAGAGCAAGGAGAAAAGAAUGGCGUGGAAGAUCUCCGGACUGAACGAUUACAAAAAGCAGCAGAACGUUUCAGAAACCCUGUUGUGUUCAACAAGGAUUCUACAGUCAGAAAGACUCAGCUCCAGUCUUUCAGUCAGUAUGUUGAGAGCAGACCAGAGAUGAAAAGACAGAGAUCAAUACAGGAAGAUACAAAGAGAGGAAAUGAGGAGAAGGCAGCGAUAACUGAAACUCAGAGGAAGCCAUCAGAAGAUGAAGUACUUAAUAAAGGGUUCAAAGACACCAGUCAGUAUGUUGUAGGGGAAUUGGCAGCACUGGAGAAUGAGCAGAAGCAAAUUGACACCCGUGCCGCGCUGGUGGAGAAGCGCCUCCGCUAUCUCAUGGACACAGGAAGGAACACGGAAGAAGAGGAGGCUAUGAUGCAGGAAUGGUUCAUGCUAGUUAAUAAGAAAAACGCCUUAAUAAGGAGGAUGAACCAGCUCUCCCUCCUGGAAAAAGAACAUGACUUAGAACGAAGGUAUGAGCUGCUGAACCGGGAGCUUCGGGCCAUGCUAGCCAUUGAAGACUGGCAGAAGACCGAGGCCCAGAAGCGACGGGAACAGCUCCUGCUGGAUGAACUAGUAGCCCUGGUGGACAAGCGAGACGCCCUUGUCAGGGACCUGGACGCCCAGGAGAAGCAAGCCGAAGAAGAAGAUGAGCAUUUGGAGCGAACUCUGGAGCAAAACAAAGGCAAGAUGGCCAAGAAGGAGGAGAAGUGCGCCCUUCAGUAGCCUUGGACCAGACCUCUCCCAGCACUUCAGGCUUAGGUCCCCAGGCCAGAAACAGACUGGUUGAUUUAAAACUUUUUAACAUUUUGUUUAACUGGAUUGUACUUCUGGAACGCCCCACCACCACCACCAAUUUCCUCUUCUCCAGAUAAUACACAGAGCUCCAGAUAGCUUUAAAGACUCUUUGUGAGUUAAUCAUGAAAUCAUUUUUGAAAUCCUGUGAAGUAGAUUUGCCCAGACACCUUGUGAAUGAUUGGUAAUGAAGAUGCUAAAGAAACUGUCCAGACGGGGGGUGGGGAGGCUCCCUGGUUAUCUUCCCUUCUGUUUUGGAUGAGAAUUUGAAACAUGUUUGUUGUAGUAUUGUUGGUAAUAGCGAAAUGA